GCAGUUCCCAUCCCUCCAUUCUUCAAUCAUAACUUUGCAUAAUCGUACCAGCGAGCUGCUAUUGCCAUGAUUCUCUUGGCUUUUCUGGUUUUUUCUCUAGUGUUUUCUUUUCUUUAUUUCUUCUUCAUAUUUAUCACAAAGGUCUACUCUUUUUUGUCUCUCCCACCUUCUACAAAUGGCCCUCCUUCCUAUCCAUUCAUCGGAUGCUUACUGUCUUUCUCCCAAAACUGUCACCGUCUUCUCGAUUGGUACACCGAGCUAUUAUCCCAAUCACCCACCAACACCAUUGUGGUGAACCGGCUCGGUGCACGGCGCACCAUUGUCACUGCCAACCCGGAGAAUGUCGAGUACAUACUCAAGACCAACUUCUGCAACUUCCCUAAAGGCAAGCCCUUCACUGAACUACUCGGCGACCUCCUGGGUCGGGGCAUAUUCAACGUUGACGGCGAGUUAUGGAGCACGCAACGAAAGUUGGCGAGUCACGAGUUCAGUACCAGGUCGCUAAGGGAGUUCGUGGUUAAAACGCUUCAAGAAGAAGUGGAGGAGAGACUGAUCCCUGUUCUUGAUGAGGCAAUGGAGAGGCAGACGGUUGUUGAUUUGCAAGAGAUAUUAAGGAGAUUUGCUUUUGAUGUUGUGUGUAAAGUUUCUCUGGGUACUGACCCUUGUUGUUUGGAUCUGUCGAGGCCAUUGCCGGCUCUCGUUAUAGCUUUUGACAGCGCGUCGGAGAUAAGUGCCAUGCGAGCAAUGGAACCCAUGUAUGCUGUGUGGAAGAUUAAGCGAACGCUGGGUUUAGGUACAGAAAAGAAACUGAAGGAAGCCAUCAAGGUGGUCCAUGGAUCAGUUUUGGAGAUCGUGCAAAACAAGAAGAAAAUCCUCGGAAGUGACCAGGAGAACCAAAACGACGCCGUCGCAAACCACAGCGAGGAUCUGUUAUCGAGGCUGCUGUCAGCUGGGCACGACGAGGAGAUUGUAAGGGACAUGGUGAUCAGCUUCAUCAUGGCGGGAAGAGACACCACAUCUGCCGGAAUGACGUGGCUGUUCUGGUUACUGUCUAAGAACCACAAGGCAGAGGAGAUGAUCGUGCAUGAAGUCAACUCAGUGAUCCAGAAAAAGGGCGGGGAUGACAAAACCAAAACGACGUCGUUAGAUUUCGAGGCAUUGAAGGAGUUGCAUUUCACUAAAGCUUGCCUCUGCGAGUCAAUGAGGCUGUACCCUCCAGUUGCGUGGGACUCAAAGCACGCAGCAGACGACGACGUUUUGCCGGACGGGACUCGAUUGGAUAAGGGCGACAGAGUAACAUACUUCCCGUAUGGGAUGGGGAGGAUGGAGACGAUCUGGGGGAAGAACCGGUUAGAGUUCAGACCGGACCGGUGGUUGGAAGAGGGCGAUCAGGGUGUUAAUCCGUAUAAAUUUCCAGUAUUUCAGGCCGGCCCAAGGGUUUGCCUGGGGAAGGAAAUGGCUUUUAUCCAGAUGAAGUACGUGGUGACGUCAGUGCUCAGACAGUUCGAGAUCAAACCGUUUCGGAAGGACCGACCGGUUUUUGUUCCAUUGUUGACGGCUCACAUGUCUGGUGGGUUCAAGGUGCUGAUCAAGAAAAGAAAUCAGUAAUUAAUUGACCUGAUUGCAUGCAUAUAUAUACAUAUACUUACAUCUAAAAAUACCCAUGUGGAAUAUACCUAUAUAAAUUUAAAUUUAAAUUACUUAUUAUAAGAUGAUUAUGUGUAGAACCCGUGUCUUAUUCCGUCCAUAUAUUGACAAGAUAUCACAACUGUACUUGUAUAAGUCAUGGUCAAAGGGAAUGAAGAAGA